AUGAACACUCUCUUGGUGUUUAUCUGCAUCCUAGCCCUUGUCGGCACCUCCACGGUCUACUCCGAUCGAUUCGAAGAAGGAGUUGAAAGAGAACUCGACGAGACAUCGGACACCGAGCUCGGACCCCUCUUUUUCCCGAUGAUCCGCCACCGACGUCACCCAAAACUUGUCUGCGGGGAAAACUUGAUGAAGUUUGUCAAAUUUGUGUGUGGCGGCGCGUGCACUUUCGGUGAGAUUCUUAAAGCGCGAAAGCGGCAAAAGUCUAUUCCUUUUUUUCCAGCUUCUGGCGUCAACAUAGCAACUCAUUGUUGCACUACGUCCUGCGAGAUGUCGUUCAUAAAGGCAAGCUGCUGCCCAUCACGAGAAGCCGCCUGA